UCUCAAUGCCAUGAACUACCCGACAGAGGCCGAGAUUGAAGCCUCGCGCAAUCGCAUUGAGCAGCAGCGCAGCGCACCGACAAGGCCACUGCGACCACCGCCGCCGCCCCUGCCCCGCAUUGACAUUCUGCAGCACAAUCGCCUCCACGACGAGCAGCAGCAGCGGCAGGAAGAGAGCGGGUGGAGCGAGGCUGGGUUUCGAGCACCGCGCCGUGCCAUUGGGUCCCAAAGCGACCUCGACCACUUCCUCUCGUGCUGGCCCGAGACCAGCCCUGGCGAGCCCGAUGCUGCGUCAGACCACCAUCGCCAUGACACUCCUGCAAACCCAUCGACGCUCGGCGGUGGCGCGUACGGCCAGCUCGUUGGCUUUGUAACACGGCUCGCGCAGUCCGUCCAGGGCGUCAAGCUCACUGCGCCCUGCCACGAGUCCCAGGUCGCAAAAGGACUGCUGGAAUUGCUCGAGACGGUGCACGGAUGGGUGGCAGAGAUACCGCCUGCAACAGACCACUCGUCGAGGUUUGGCAACCCGGCGUUCCGGCAGUGGAUGGAUCGACUGGCAGAGCGCGGGGACGCGCUGCUGAACACGCUGAUCUUGGUGCAUCUGCCUGCGGAGAUUGACGAGCCUGCGCGCCAAGCAGUCGUGUCUGAGAUUCGCGAGUACCUGCUCAGCUGCUGGGGCGAUCGUCAGCGCAUCGACUAUGGCACUGGCCACGAAACGCACUUUAUUGCCUUCCUAUUGUGCCUUGAACGGAUUGGACUCGUCACUUCGGAAGACUAUCAAGCGCUUGUUCUUCGAGUAUUCAACCAAUACAUCAAGGUCAUGCGCGCCUUGCAACUCGCGUACUGGCUUGAACCCGCUGGCUCGCAUGGCGUCUGGGGCUUGGAUGACUAUCACUUCUUGCCGUUCUUGUUUGGCUCCUCCCAGCUGAUUGAGCAUCGCCACAUUAAGCCAAAGUCCAUCCUCUACGCCGAAACGUGCGACGCGUUUGCCAAAGAGUACAUGUACCUCGCGUGCAUCAAGUUUGUGAAUGAGGUCAAAACGGAAACGCUCGCGUGGCAUUCCCCAAUGCUGUACGACAUCUCUUCCGUCAAGACGUGGGCCAAAGUGCACGAGGGCAUGCUCAAAAUGUAUCGAAAGGAGGUGUUGGGCAAGCUCCCCAUCAUGCAGCACUUCCGGUUUGGCUCCCUCAUCUACUUUAACGCGUUCGAUUUCAUCGAGUUUGGAGACGAGCACGCGGACGAGUGUCACGACGAUGCACACGGUCACGGCCACAGCCACAGUCACGGACAAGACGUGCAACCCGUCUUCCACGAGCAUGCGACUUGCUGCAUUAGCCACUUGCCAUCCGCUAUUGCGGCCAAGGCGCAUUCUACUGGCCUGCGAUCCAUUCCGUUUGAUUGAGUUUGGCUGCAAUUUUUUGUUUCUGCUUCCCGCUCCGUUUCGCUUUGUGUUUAAUAUCCCGAGAAUGUACAUACUGUAUACUCUGUACUCUGUAAAUUCACCAUACUGUAUAAUAUUAUAAAAAAUU